GACAUAUAUUUUGCUUUGACACCAUUUCAAUGUUGGCUUAUAAGGCUUGAGAUAUAAACCUUCCAUGUGUAUAAAGGGAGUAUGAGUAGGCCACAGUCGACUCGGAUGAACGCGGACUUCCUGAUGCAUGACAUUACCAAACGAUGCCUUUGCCUUUCAACAUGAGGAACACGUAGUUGAAUUUUCUAAAGGAUUCCACACCGUGUAAAUGAUGACUGGAGAUUUCAUGAUGAAUCAACAUGUGAAGUGAAUUGUAUUCUUGAAGAGAUGACAGCAUUUUCCAGCAGGCUUUGGUAGUAGAUAUAAAACACCUCCUAUAAGAGUAUAAGCCACCUCCAGCAUGGCUACAAACAUGCCUACCGAGGUUAUUAGUAUUCAUAACAACAUGGUUUUGGAGUUGAGUGACAAUAUGACAGGUCCGGAGCUGGAUGAACUCAAACAUCUUCUCGAGGACGAUCCACUUACUCCGGCUGAUAAGGAAAAAAUAGAAACAGUACAACAGCUGUUUAUUUGCCUGAUGGACAAAAUAUUUAUUUCUUAUGGAAAUUAUGAAAAAUUAAUACCAAAACUGAAGCGAAUAAAACCGUCACUGUGUUUAAUCGUCAACAGAUAUACAAAAGAACGGAACACAAUACUCAAACUAAAGGAAGAUAAAGAAGAAAUAGUUAUUUCCAUGGAUAGGCCCGUAUAUACUACGAAGGAAGGAUCCGAAGCUUCUUUCUUAGACUGUACAGUACAUCCUGUACCAGAAUACAUCGAAUGGAGAAAGGACAAAUGUACGCAAUCAUGGAAAAAAGUCCCUAUAGACAAUCGGAAGUACUAUUAUAGUGAGAAAACGCCUACACUUGUGAUAAGAGACCCGAACCAACCAAUGGAUGAAGGCAAAUACCAAUGCACGGCAAAAACCCGUCGAAAAGAAGUGGAUGGUGACAUCGUCUAUCUGAAAGUGCGUAAGUAUCAAAUACACACACGCGCACAUUAUACGUAUAAUCUUUUAUUUAUGGACAAGUUAUUGUAAGUACUGAAUUCGGUCUUAAUAGAUUAUGUACAUGUAUAUGCCGAUUUUGCGACAAAUGCAUUGUUAAUAUAUUAUCAUCACAAACUGAGAAUUAUCUUUAGACUAUUUUCUCUUUCCAUUCGUGUCUACCUGAAAACAUGAAUUCUUUCUCAUUCAGUGUUUGUUAAAUUGUUAAUUUCUGAUAUUACACAGAUAAAUUUUAUUAAUAAUUAUUCCAUUUAUUUCUUUUUGUUGUUCCGGUCAACAUGACGAGGCAAAGCGAUGAUCCCAUUGACAGCCAACCGUCGGAACCAGAAUUUGAAGGGACCCAGCAGAGUAUUCAUACAGAAACAGAAUCAAAUAAAGAAAACGAAAACAGUGAACAGGCCCCCGCUAGUGGAUCAGAUUCCAAUGAAUUGUCUCGGGGAAGGAAACGCUCCAAAAGUGAAACAGAAGAUCAUUCACAGCCUGCUGGCGGUAAAAGAGCCACUGUUUGCCAAACCGACCAAGGUAGCCGGAUGUUUUUCAAUGUGAACAAUGACAUUGACAUUACAAGACAAGCGUCACAAAAGGAUAUUUCUGACACAUUUACAAGAGUAACACGUCAGUCACGACAUUUGCGGAAAGCUAAAUUGAAAAAAAAAUGCAUCCAAGUAUGUUUAGAUAUCACUGCUGCUAGGAGUGCAUCAGAGCCAUCUUCUCUACAUCUCGCUGAAGAGUUUAAACAUUAUCUAUUGGAAGGUGGCACCAUACAGCUAACUGACGAAUCACAGACAGUGUUACAAAUAGUCAAGGACAGUUUCGAGAUAACACCAGAAACUACACCAGAGGAUGGUUCUCCAUAUGUAAACAUCAGUCAUAGCCAGUUCACUGUUCCCGUCGGGAAAACGGCAAUCAUCCAAACCUACGUCAUCAGCUCACCAGAAGUUACAUCAAUUCAGUGGUUUAAAAAAGAAGACGAUGAAGACAUUCCAAUAGAAUUUGACAACAAACAGUACUUUGGAGGCUCAAUUCUUUCUCCAACAUUAAUUAUCCGUAAAACAACCAUCGGCGAUCACGGACAGUACCUGUGUACAGCUACCAACUGUAACGGAACUGGUUUGAGUAACAUGACGGUCCUGUCUCUACAAUCCGAUGGAAAUGAAACCGAGGCUCUGACAGACAAAAAAGUUUCAAUUCCUGCCCGCAUGACAGAUCGAACCUUUUGUUUCUACCAUAAAGGGAAACAAAUAGAACUUUACUGUACAUAAUGCAAGGAACUUAUUUGCAUUAAAUGCUCAGAAAUAUCACAUAAACACCAUACAUUGUGUUUGCUUGAUGAACUGGCUUCUCAGAAGAAACAAGAUAUACAAGACUUUAUAGACAAAACAGAGAAUGUUGACCUAGUACAAAUAAACCAAUAUAUUGCCUCAACCGAUGACCAUUUAAAGGAAAACGUUAGUAUAUUUGACAAGUUGUCACAAAAGGUAAAGACCCAGAAUAACAAAUUAAAAGAGGAACUUGACCUGCUGUCGACCCAGACUUUGUCUCUCUAUAAACAAAUGGAGGAGGACAAUGCCAAGUUACUACAAACCUACAAACGGGACCUGGAAACGUACAGGACAGAUCUUGAACAAAAAGUACAGGAAUGUAAGAAAGCACUUCAGCGUGGUUCUCACUUUAACGUUGGAUAUGAUAUCCAUUACCCUGUCAAUAUUCCCCUACAACCUACCCUUGGUAUGGCUACAUUCACACCGAACAGAACUCCCGGAGAAUGCCUGAAAAAGGCCUUAGGAGAAGUCACCAUCUCGGCUCAGAGUCAGGGUCGAGUGCCACAUGGGAAUGAUCGGUUAGUUGGGUCAUCUGGAGAACGACUGUCUACUACAUCACAGCAGCCUUCGCAGAAGUUUCAGACGCCGCCUGUUCAACAACGAUCAAAGAAAAGAAAGGAAGAAUUUGGUCCUAUAUACACCCUUUUGACAAAGACGAAACAGUUUCGGGAGUGGACGUCUCGAUGUCAAAUUUCAUCUGCAUGCCCAAAUAUGGAUGACCAAUUGUGGACAUGUGACAACUACCGUGAUUCACUAACUCUCUUUGACAGGGAAGGGAAUACAAUACAGGAGGUCAAACACGAUACUAGGAUCUGGGACAUCAGUCUGUCACCCAUAACCAACACGCUGUGGGCCUGCGACUGGGAACACAAUAUCUCAGAGCUCGUGUCAGGACGGCUGGAACACAGAUUCAGUACCUAUGAGAAACCAGAGUGUAUCUGUAUUACAGCCAGUAACCAUGUUAUUGUGGGGAUGGCCGGACAAAUCUCAAAAUUCACCACGAAAGGUGAAUUGUUACCUACAACCUCGGCUACAGCGGCUGGCGAGCCAUUAGUUAGUUUACCAUACAGAGUGUCAGAGUGUCGGCUAACCCACAACCUUGCAAUGAUUGUCUUGAACGAUGAAAGUGUUUGUUGUGACGGAAAUCAACACAUGCUUGUUGUCAUGGACACACAUUUCAAGGAACUGUUUGUAUAUGAUGGUGAAGUCCCUGAUACUUAUCAACCAACAUCACAGUCGGGAGAUAAACCAUUUGAGCCCCGGGAUGUGGUGUUGACAAUGCAGGUAACAUUAUCAUAGGGGACUAUAAUAACAACCGUGUCCUACUCCUCAGUGGGCAUGGCGAGUUCCUCAGGGUCUUACACACAGAUAUCUACGAGGUAUAUGCUGUCGGUGUAGACAGGGAGGAUGCGCUAUAUACAGUGUGUAGGGGUGGAAAAGUCAAGCUACUACAGUACUACAGUGUGGUUUUCCCAACACCUGUAUACCCUAAGCAUAUCUUAGACACUUUUUCACAAUGGCUAAAUUUAAUACCACUUAGGUGGAUCAUGUGAUCAGAAGACACUUGGCCAUGCCAAACACCAAUGUUUUGAAGCUGAACCAGACGGUGAUAAGCUUUCAGUUCAAUGUUACAAGGCUUAUGUCACAUUGAUAGAAAAGCAUGGCAAUUUUGUCAAUGAAAAUGUUACACACAUUUGUUACAAAGCAUCAGUAUAUGCAAUUGCUACAAGAACAGUUAUUAAUGUUGUACAUAUAAUAACAACCGAUCAAUCAAUCAAUAUUUCACUUUCUCUAUUUUGGCUUAUCAAAAUGGUUAUCACAUUUGGGUCCAAAUAUAGAAAGUUAAAUUAAAGUUUUGUAACAUAAUAUAAUAUGGAUAAACGACACUUGUCAACUUGCCACACUUUGGACUUUUUAGAAUAAUGCUUUUAAAAAAGAAACCUUAAGAAGUAUUGAAGUAAAAUACUCAUAUACCUUUUUACACUGUUUAUUCGUCUGCCGCGUAUAAUAUUAUUUAGAAAAGCAGUAUGUCGUGUUUGGCCUGUAGAGCUGAACAGAAUUUGUGACUCAGAGUUAAAAAAUAUGUUGUUUUUUUUUAAUUUGCCGCGCUACAAUAUAGCCAUUCCCAUUGUUGAACACAAGCCUUUGUCUGUGGCAUAAACAGCACCUCAGUUUUGACAGCAUUUGUUCAUAAUAGCCAUAUAGGAUUUUUUUGGGUAUAACUCCUCUUUCACGAAACAAAACAAAUGUUCAUUUCCAGCGCCACUUAAAGGAAACUUUCUAGUAAAAAAAGGUUUCAGAUCACUAAAAAGACUUAUGUGUGUUUUUAUUUUCAUUUCUCGAAAUUCCUCGUCAUCAAAGAGUGAAAAUAACAUAUUUUUAUUAGUUUUGAUAAUAAGUGAUCAUGCGAAAUCUAAUUGAUGUUUUUUUUUCAAUAUUAACACAUGUUUAUAAUGUAUAUGUAUACAGGGUGCUUCUGUACUAUCAGGUGGAGGAUGUUUGGUUGUAUUUAGAUGUAAAAUCCAAAUCUUAAGUGAAGUAUGGAGUUUGAGAAAUAUGAUUAAUAAUGCGAAAUUUGUGUUUGCUGCACCACUGGUCACUAUGCCACGUAUUUGUUAUCACGUGGAUUAACCAAUCAGAAGGUGUGAAACAUUGUUUUAUAAGAAAACCUGAAUUUCUUUAAGUUUGUGAUAUUUUUGGAUUUUGAUAUGAAUUUGUGUGUUGUUGACUCUGGAUUAGUCAAUGCAUUUAAUGUCCUCAUCAUUUCAUGCUAAGGCCUUUGUAUAUACAAUGUAUGAUGUAUAAGAUCCAUGCUAUUCCGCCUCCCUCCUCUUUUACUGACCUAAACUGAAGUAUUUUGAAAGAUGACCAUUUGUUAAAAUGCAACUUUUAGAAUAUUCCUAUAUCAUUUAAAUCCACCCAAUCAUGUUUGUGCCACAGCCAAAUUAAUCUAAACACUUUUCUUACCAUCUCCGAUAACCUAUGUCGAAUGCCUUUUGCUGGUCUAGGAAUAUAACUGACCCACCCUUAGUCGCUUGCCCUGUACAUGCAAUAACAUUAGAUAAUAAUGGUACAGUAUUGUAUUUUCAAUGUCCCUAGGGUCCCUUCGUAAAUCCUUUGUAAUCACUGUGAAUAAAUUUUGGAAGAAAUGGUUUGGUUUCAGCUGAAAGAACUUUUGUUAUGAUUUUAUAAUCAGAAUUUAGUUGAAAUAUUGGACGGCAAUUUACUAAUUUUAUAUAUCACUGUUAGUUGUACGUUAGUACUCAGCAAAGGUUACAUCUAGCUUUUCUAUGACUUUCAAUCCAGAUUAUAUAUUUUCUCCUAGAUUUUUUUUAUCAAACUUGGUUUGGAGUAAGAAAUAUGCCAGACUUGAUUUGUAAAAUGAAAAAAAUUAAAUAAGUGCUUGUAUACUUAUGAGGAUUUUUGCAGAAGAUAUCAUUUUUCCACACCUCAACUCUAUUACGGGCUGAGACAAGCUCUUACAAAUAUAUGGCCCGAGUUUAAAAACAAGAAAGGUUGUAGAGAUGUGUACGACAUUUUUAUUUCUAGACUCAAGUUUAAUACAAAGUACAUUGAAAAUGGUCCAAUAUAUUAGAAACUAGUGAAAUUGAACUAAAACAAAAUCAGAUAAAAGUGUUUAAAGUAACAAAUGGUGUAUCGUCGAUAUGGCUCCAGUACAGGCUUAGAUAUAGAAUAUCGGCAACAAAUUACUACCUUACUAAGAUAAAUAUAUAUGAUGAUUCUACUUGUACCUUUUGUAAAGAAGUUUAAACACUUUUACAUGUUUUAUGAUCGUUGACACAUUGAGAGGCUGUGGAUAUUACUUGAAAAUUUGAUCAUUGAAAAAACCUAUCUAUACAUUCAAAUCUGUCAAAAAAGCAAAUACUGUUUGGAAAACAAGGUAAACACUAUGACAUAUAUAACCUUGUUAUGCUCAUUGUUAAACAAUAUACAUAUAUAAACAGCGUGUUGAAGGGGAACAACUCAUGAUUGAAAAAGUACAGCGAAUACUUGUGACUAUUACACUAUGGGAAAAUAUACAUCAACCUUAAAUAGUAGGUACACUUUAUUUACUCAGAGGCUAUUUUUCAUAAUCUUUUUGAUCAAUAGACAAAAAAUAUAUAUUGUUUCAUGCAUUUUUUUCAUCACUUCUAUCACAUUUAUUCUAUACUGGUUAUGUUGCCUUCUAUGAUUUUUUUUUGACCUAUUAGCUAUAGCUUAGCAACCUACUUUGUAUUCAAGUUAUAUAUAUAUAUAGUUUGGGUAUGUAAGUAUGUGUAAAAGUUGUCUUUGUUUCUUUCUGUAUCAUAUGAAUACUUUAUGUUGAAAAUCUAAAUAAAAAUUUAAAAGGUAAAAAAAGCCUUCAUUUGAUACCGUUUUGAUGUCCGUCGUAAAUCCAUUAUUCGUUGUACCAAUUUUGCGAACUUAAAUUGUUAAGAGAGGUUUUCAUAAGCAACAAAUAUUCAUGUACUCGAUCAUAAUGACCUGAAUGUAUUGUUGUCGUUGUCCUAGUCAGUUACAACCUAUGCUGGUCCAGAUAACAAUUAUUACACUAAAUUAAACUUUGUUUAAUGUAAUAUAUGAAUGUUCCUCAAUAUGUUUUAAUAAAUCUAAAUUAAUUUUUA